AUCUUUCUUAUAAUUGCUUGCUUUUUCCUGGAAACUUCCUCUUCUAUACAAAUCAUACUUUAGUGUCCUAAGGAAGAAGUAGAAGAAAGAAGAGUAGUAUCCCAUACUAUACCUAACCAUUGAUGGGUUCUUUCGACCGCCAAAGAGUUGUCCCAAAAUUCAAAUCAGCAACUCCAUCACCGCUCCCUCUCUCUCCCUCGCCUUACUUUACUCUGCCUAAUGGUGUUUCUCCCGCUGACCUUCUCGACUCUCCUAUUCUCUUCACUUCCUCUAACAUUUUGCCAUCACCAACGACAGGCACAUUUCCGGCGGAGUCUCUGAACUGGAAGAGCAACGGUUUGCUCAUUGACCAGAAUGAUAUCAAAUAUGAAGAUGGGAAGGAGCAGUUAGAUUUUUCCUUCACUAACAACCACACAACUCCUCCCUUGUUCCUACCAUCUAUGGUAACUCAACCUUUACCGCAACUGGAUGUAUCCAAAUCUGAAUCUCUAUUGAGUAACAAAACCUCUGAUGAUGGCUACAACUGGCGUAAAUACGGGCAGAAGCAAGUCAAAGGAAGUGAAAACCCGAGGAGUUACUUCAAAUGCACGUACCCAAACUGUCUCACAAAGAAGAAAGUGGAGACGUCUCUUGUGAAGGGUCUGAUUACUGAGAUUGUCUACAAAGGAAGCCACAAUCAUCCCAAGCCUCAGUCUACUAAGAGAUCAGCUUCUACCGCUGUAGCAGCAGCACAUCAGAGUAGCAGUCAUGACAUUGGUGAGGAUGAAGCAAACGCCAAGAGAUGGAAAAGAGAAGAGAAUGUGAAGGAGCCAAGAGUGGUGGUUCAGACAACAAGUGAUAUAGACAUUCUUGAAGAUGGCUACAGAUGGAGAAAGUAUGGUCAGAAAGUCGUCAAGGGGAAUCCCAAUCCAAGGAGCUAUUACAAGUGCACAUUUGCAGGUUGCUGUGUAAGGAAACACGUUGAGAGAGCAUUUCAAGAUCCCAAGUCGGUGAUCACAACUUACGAGGGAAAACACAACCACCAAAUCCCUACCCCAAAAAGAAGUCACACCUCUUCACACUAAAUCUGUAAAACAUAUUUUAAAAUACUAAACGUCAAAUACAUUUAAAAUUUUAUCUCUAAUUUAAAUAACAAUAGUAUUAUAUCAUUAACUAUCUAUUAUGAUAAAAAUUAUGGAAAUGAAGAAACAUGUAUGAAUAAAGUCAGUAUGAUGUGAUAAACACACAAAGGCAUACAUAGAGAGUAUUUUUU